AUGGACGACGAUUACGCGACCUCCGAGAACGAGGCCGACGAACUCAUGGAGGAAGUCGAAGACAUCGAAGCCGACAACGACGCCGAAGACGAUAACGAGAACGACGAUGACGAGCAAGACGACGAGGAGGAAGCUGAAGGCGACGCCGAGGCCGAGCCAGAACCAGAAGCCGAGAAUGAAGCCUAUGAUAAUUCCCAGUCUGCCCCCGAUGGCGCCGGCACAACACGCGACGGCGGCGACGAUCACCACCACCAACACCCGGGGACUAGGCGCGCCUCUGCCGCGAGCGGGAGUGUGUCGGGGGGGAUGAAGUACCGGCCGGUGAUACGGCCAGAGUAUACGACCGCUGCGUUUUACGAUAUUGUGCCUACCAUGGCGGCGCCGCAGGCGACGAGCAUCAAUGCUAUUGCUAUCACACCGGAUCAGAGGUAUUGGAUGACGGGGGGGUCGGAUGGGUAUGUGAGGAAGUAUGAUGGGAUUGGGACCAUCAAUGGGAAGCAACAGUUGACAGUUGCGCAGAGGCACCCUUUUGUCGACAGUGUGGUCAAGGCGGGGAUCUUGAUGGGGUAUUGGGGGAAUGAGGAGCCGCUGCCGCCGGGGGCGAGGGCUGAGGAGGCGGUGUUAUCCCCGGUGUAUAGCUUGGCUGUUCACAGCGAGGCGUUGUGGUUGUUGAGUGGGUUGGAGAGUGGUGGGAUUAAUUUGUAUAGUGUCAGGCAUGACGAGGGUAAGAGGAUUGUCUGCCUGCGGGAGGGAGGGCAUACCAAUGCUGUCAGCGUGUUGCAGCUAGCUCCAGAUGAGAAGAGUGUCUUGAGUGGGAGUUGGGACAAGACAUGUUUGGAUUGGGAUCUCAAUAACGGGCAGAUUGUCCGGAGGUUUGAUGGCAGUACCAGUCAGAUUUCGGCUAUCGAGCUCCGACCUACUGGCGCGGCUCCGAUCCCAGCGGAAGCAAGCGAGGUGAUGGUCCAGAGCGAUACAUUUCAGAGCAACAACGACAAGCCACCAAUCGGCAACUUUUAUAGCACUGCGCCUGGUGGAGGGAUGAUGGGUGCCAGUGCGACGGCACAGCCAGAUGGUGCGGGAAACACGGGGUCGCCUGAGCACGAGUCUCUGUUUGGCAGUCCAGCGGGUUCUCUGUUUGGCGACAACGAAACAAUAGGAGGCGGAGGUGGUGCCUUUGGUGAUGAUGAUGACAACGAGUUCUCACGUGCGAUGGACAUGGAAAUGAACAACCACAGCAACGGCAUGGGCCAAUCAACCGACUUUUCCCUCGACGACGUCGACAUGUCCAAUGCUCCCCCUCUAGAUGUCACCAGUACCGAUCCCAGCCAACAAGAUACCAACCCAAUAGACGCCAAUACAGCACCACCUCCAGCCCAAAACGGCAUUACCAUGAACCCAGCGGAUGCAAACACCGUAUCCGAAACCAGCAGUCACACCCUCCAAGGCAGCAACAACACCAAUAACCUAGACGAAAGCAUAACAAUGUCCCUUGACUUCUCCACCACCACCGACCCGCCCCCUAACAACCCCCCCUCUUCCACCCAACAAACGGCCGACACCUCCCUCCCCGACGCCCCUUCCCAACCACAACCCCCUACAAUCUCCUUUGCCACCUCCACCGCCCAGGACCCCUCGACCUCCAACCCGUCAACCUUCCUCUCCGCCUCCAUAGACGGCACCCUCCGCAUCUGGGACAAACGCGUCCCCGAACCCGUAGCCCGGAUCAACAACCGCCGCGGCGUUCCCCCUUGGUGCAUGGGCGCCUGCUGGUCCCUCUCAGGCAACGAGAUCUACACCGGCCGCCGCAACGGAACAGUGGAGGAAUUCUCCAUCCACAAGGCUUCUUCGUCUUGGCAGCCAGAACGGGUUCUCAAGCUCCCCAACGGCUCCGGCGCCGUGUCGGCGGUUAGGCCGAUGCCCAACGGGCGGCACAUCAUCUGCGCCAGUCAUGAUAUUCUCAGGCUGUACGACUUGCAGUAUGACACCGACCUGAAAGCGCAAAAGCACAGCAAAGUUCCGUUCACAAUCGUUCCGGGGCCGCCGAGGGCAGGCGUGAUCAGCUGCUUGUAUAUAGAUCCUACUUCCCGGAUCAUGAUCUCGGCUGCGGGGACGAGGGGGUGGGAUGGGACGAAUACCGAGGUGCUGGUGGGUUAUGAGAUUCAUGCGAAUAACUGA